CCCCCCCCCAAGGGCCCUUCCGGCCCCGCGGCCCCUCGGAUCAAACAUUAACCGGGGCCGGGGCCGGGGGACGCGGCGCGGGGACGGCCACAGCCCCGGGGCCACCAGGGACCCCCGUGCCAUGAGCAGCCGGCGAUGGGGGCGGCGGGGCUGUGCGCGCUGCUGCUGCUGCUGUUGGGGGUCCCGGGGCGCCCCCAGCCCCCCCCCGAGGGCCCCCCCUCGCUCUGUGACCCCCGAGUGAUCGAACGCUUCAUCCUGGAGGCCCGCGACGCCGAGCGGGGGGCGGCCGGGUGUGGCCCCCACUGUGACCUCCCCGAGCCCGUGGCUGUCCCCGACCCCGGCGUCAACUUCAACCUCUGGCGGAGCCUGGACGCGGGGUCCCGCGCGCAGGAGGUGGCCGGGGGCCAGGCGGCGCUGGCGGCCGCGGUGCUGCGGGCGCGGGAGCUGCUCCGGGACCCCCGAGUGCGCCCCAGCCUGGACCGCGCCUACGGAGCCGCGCGGAGCCUGGCGCGGCUGCUGCGGGGGCUGCCCGCGCCG